AUGAUGAUUCUUCGUUUACUUCCCUUCUCGCUACCUUUGAUAUUUGCCUGUGCUCCACCUGGUUUCGUGCCCAGUCAAGAUCCAAGUUGCUAUAUGAAAUUCAGUAGUGCCAACAUGAACCUGAAAGCGGGUCUCCGCGUUCAGUUCACAUUACUGAUUGCUUUUGUGAACGCGAGGUGUUCGGAUUUAAUAUUGUAUCCAGUAUCAGCGGUUGAUCAGAGUGAUCAGUAUCGAUUCGAUUACAGCGAUGUGAGCUUUGGCAAUACCCAUAGCCAAGGUGCUACGGUUGCGAUUACGUGCACAACUGGUGGUCAACCAGCCACGGUUGAAGGUUAUGAUCAGGUGAGCGAGACAUGA